AAGGGCAAGCCAAUUCAAACAUCAACCAUUAUUACCACAAAAGAUAAGAAACUAGCGAUUUUAGUGAUAAGUAAGGUUUUACAAGCCCAACUUCAACAUGAAUAAAAUGUUACAGCAUGUGGCGACUGGGCUUUAAAUAAAUAAUGUGAUCUUCCCGCAUAACACAGUGAUGGAGGUAGGUCUGUUCGUUCGCUUGCCACAAUGCGUCGCGUUGUUAGCCCAAAUGUGCGCUUCUCAAGUGCUUCAAGCGUCCAAUGGUGGAUUUCUCAAAGAGAAAAAGAUGUAUCUAAACGUGACAGUGAAAGAAGUGCAUAAGGUGAACCGGGUGGCUCAGUGCGCGGUCAAGAGUAUGAGGGAUCAUAAAUCCUAUUCUUUUAACUUUGCUGUUAAACCUGAGGAAUGUGGGACGUACCUCUGUGAAGUGCUGUACACCGACAGAUACAACGACUCAGAUAAAUACCACAAAAACGAGAAUUUCGAUCACUACAAUAAGAAGAGUGGUUGUGCCCCUGAGCCUUGUCAAAAUGGCGGGAAAUGCCGCACAUCUGAUCUCGCGUACGACACAGCGUACGCAGAAUGCAUCUGUCCUGCGUGCUUUCGUGGCAAGAACUGUGAAUUGCAAGAUUCUCCCGGUCCGCUAGGGAUGCAGGAUGGUAGAAUCCUUGACUCUCAGCUUUCUGCAUCUUCCAAAUAUGACAAUGCCCACGGUGCAAAUUUUGGGAGACUGCACAACCCGUUCGUCCCGAGCUUGGGAAACUAUGGUUGCUGGGCAGCCAAGAACAAACAGGCUGGCGAAUUUCUUCAUAUAAAUCUUCUCGUUCCAACUUACAUCACUAAGGUUGCCACACAGGGUAAGAAUGAUCCUUACUCACAACAGUGGGUGAAGCGUUACCGACUUGACUACAGUCCAGACGGAACCACAUGGGCUGCUUACAAGAUAUUCACUGGCAACUCUGAUGUUAACAGCGUAAUGGCAAACGCGAUCGACGAUCCCUUCAAAGCCAAGGCUGUUAGAUUUGUGGUCCAGGAAUGGAAUGGUCAUAUCAGCUUGAGAGUGGAGCUUUACGGAUGUCCUACCCAAUAAUAUCGCAAUGAUUCCUUAUACAGCCCCGUAGCCAGGGGGGGAGGGGGGAUGGUGGUGGAGUGGGUUGGAAGAGCUUCCUUCCCGCUCGACUGGAAGGUCCGCUCUAAUGAAGAAAAAUUGAGUACCGAUGCGGGCUAAACGAACCCUCCCCCCCCCCCCCCCCCCCGCUCAAAAUCCCCUUUUUUCGGGGGUGGUCAGAUUUUUAUCAGAGAUCUCACUGCCCCCCCCCCAGAAAAAAUUAGCUCCACUUUUUCGGAUUCCCCCCCCCCAAAAAAAAAAAAAAAAAAAUCCUGGGUACGGGCCUGGAAAGGUUAUAAGAAAUACAAUUUGUUUCUCUUGCUAUUUACCACUUGUGUACAGUGAAAGAGAAAGAUGCUGACACAAUGCUCGGAUGAUUUCGGGUCUUAAUUAAUUUUUUUUCAGGAACUUUACAAGCAACUGUUACACACGUUUUCAUGCACACGUGCGCUUUGUGUUUAUCGUUUCCGAGCCGCUUACUGGUUUUAGGACGCGGAAGCUAUUUCGCAGUUACGGUGGCUGUUAGACCGCCAGCCAAUAAGAGAGCGCCGAAUUGCACGGAAUAUUCAUGCAGUGACGUUGAAAUUGCCAAACCAGACUAUGGCAAAACAUAGUCUUCGUCUAUUCUAUCAGUUUUCCUACGAAUGCAACUAAAUCAAACAGUCAAACAAUUGAUUUUCGCAAUAAAAUGCGUAAUGAAAACAGCCGCGUACAGUAUAUAAAAAGUAGAAUUUGCAAGAUCACACUGAAUAGGUUUUCACAUUAGCUAUUUUACAGAAUUAAUAAGAACCUAUUCUUCCCCACCAGGCUGAUGAAGUUCUUAUAAAAAGGAUGCUUAGAAAUGCCAGAUUUCUGCGUGUAGGUUCUUAUAUGCGAGUGUUAACUUUACAAUUGCGGAACAUUACCAUUUUUGGUUAUAUUUGAUAGACAAUCUGAUUAACCAAUCAGAGAUGAGUAUUACCAUGCCCAGUCUCACGCGGACACGCCUCAACUCAGAGUAGGAAAACAAAAUGGCGGUUCCGUCGAAUCGGGAAAAUCAUGUUGAACGCCGCUUUUUAACUCUCUGCUAGCAGUGAUUUCUUCUUAUCUGUUUAAGCAGGGAUUUCACUGACUCAGUGCGUCAGAUAUGUGUUGUUUCUCAUCGGCAACAGACCUCAUUUGCAGGGUUAUUUUUACGACUUCACCGAAUCGUACUGUAAUGAACGCGGAAGGGUAAGCCACUGCUAGCAGGCUAUAACAUUGAUCACCAAUUAUCUAGUUGUACGUUUCAUCAAGUCAUACAACUGCACAGAAUUUCCCUGGAUUUAUCUUGCCUUCACACUCGGAAUGAAGACACCCCUAGAAGAAAUUUUAGCUGGGAUAUUGAAACUAAAAUGAAUCUUCUACAGAUGGCAGCGAGUCUCAUUAAAAAAUGAAGCUAAAUCCUAUACAGAAUGGCCGCGAGUCGCUGUUUAUUGUAUGCAAUUAAAAGACACUUCAUGAAAGUACUGUUUUAAUGUUUAUAUUUGAUCCUGGAAUAAAUAGAUUUGCUAUGAUCAGUAAAACUCAAGGAUGUCAGCUAUUAUACAUUGCUGCAUUAGUUUGCUAUUACUCGUUGUAAAAAAGUCAUUACCACAAA